AUGGAUGCUGCAGAGUUCCGCAAGAGAGGGGAGGAGAUGGUGAACUACAUUGCAGAUUACCUGGAGAAGAUAGAUAAAAGACAGGUCUUCCCAGAUGUGGAACCAGGAUAUCUAAGGCCCCUCAUUCCGGACUGUGCACCCCAGGAUCCCGAGAGCUUUGAGGAUGUCUUUAAAGACAUUGAGAAGAUCAUUAUGCCAGGGGUGACUCACUGGCACAGUCCAUACUUUUUUGCCUACUUCCCUACAGCCUCUUCCUUCCCAGCUCUUCUUGCAGAUAUGUUAUGUACUGGAAUAGGAUGUGUGGGCUUUUCUUGGGCCGCAAGUCCAGCUUGCACAGAGCUGGAGAUUAUCACGCUGGAUUGGCUAGGGAAGAUGAUUAAUUUGCCUGAAGAGUUUUUAGCUGGGAAUGGUGGCCAAGGUGGAGGAGUCAUUCAGGGAAGUGCAAGCGAGGCCACGCUGGUUUCACUGCUUGCUGCAAGAACCAAGGCUAUCAGACGAGUGCAGUCAGAAAAGCCAGAGCUAACAGAAGCAGACAUCAUGGGCAGGCUGGUGGCCUAUACUUCUGAUCAGGCUCAUUCGUCAGUGGAAAGGGCUGCGUUAAUUGGUGGUGUGAAGAUCAAAAAUGUUUCUUCAGAUGAUACAUUUAGUGUUUGUGGUUCAGCCCUAAAGAAAGUUUUGGAUGAAGACAAAGCUUCUGGUCUUAUCCCGUUCUUU